CAUCUCUUGAGCACAUAUCCGCCCAUCCACCAUGGCGGACGAAAAGCCAGCAUCGGCGGGAGGUUCAGAGCCUCCUGUCGCUCCUAAAACUGAUGGCGCUCCAAAGGCUGCACCGAAGCAGAAUCCUUUUUUUAAGAUGAUGGGGAUGCCAAACUUUCGCUUCAAAUUACCGUCGCGAAACUGGAUGAUCUUUUGGACCAUUGUGGGAUCGUGGUCAGCGGCCGUUUACUACGAUCGAAGGGAAAAGAAACGCAUCCAGAAGAAGUGGGCCGACGCAGUUGCGCAUCUCGCUCGGGAACCUUUGCCAUCGAAUCAAAUGCAACGAAAGCUCACAAUCUUCUUGGCCGCGCCUCCUGCCGAUGGGUUGCUGAAUGCCCGCGAGCAUUUCCAUGAAUAUGUUCGCCCGAUCCUUGUGUCCGCCGGUCUUGACUGGGACGCUAUCGAGGGUCGUCGCGAAGGUGAUGUGAGAGCUGCAUUUGCGGAAUGGCUCAGAAAGAGGCGGAAGAUGGCUGGUGAAGCUACGAAGAAUACCGUACCGGACACUGAGCUGGAAGUCAUGAUCGAGGACAUGCGGAACAAGCUCGGGGUGAAAGAGUGGGAUGGUCCAGCUGGAGAUAUCGUCAUUGGUAGAAACACAUGGAAAGAGUAUGUUCGGGGUCUGCAUGAAGGAUGGCUGGGCCCGGUAGACAUGCCUGAAGAGGUCGAAAAGGCUUUGGAGGAGCAAUCAAGGCCGGACGGCAAACCUGAUGAACAGAAGAUGGGAGAUCCCUCAUCGUCAGCGAAAACAGAAGACACUUUACCUGCCGAGGAAAGCACAGUCGUUCAUGAUAGCGAACAGAUGAGGUCGAUCGAUGAAAAGAAGGCAGAAGAGAAACCCAAAGAGGAUGAAAAGCCCAAAAAGCCCAAGCAACCGCCGCCGUUCAUAUCAACAUCUGCGUAUUCAUCUGCUCCAUUACCUCCAUCGUUACCCUCAGAACUCGGCCCGUCCGCUGUCAUCGUCUUUCCACAUCUACUAGGCUUCUUUAAUACUCCCAUACGCAUAUACAGGUACCUCAAUAAGCGUAAGCUUGCAGAUGAAAUUGGUCGCGAAGUAGCAGCUGCAUGCUUCGCGCGUUACAGACCUUUUGAGCACUCCAGCGGGUCAAUGGCUACAAGUCCAUUCGUGGAAGAUUCGGCUUCACCCACCGCAGCUCCACAUCAGGAAGACAAAUCCUCGGAACCAGGCGAUCGUGACGUCUGGGAGCAGGAGAGCCUGCUCAAGAAGGAGGAACUCGAUUGGCACAAGUCAGUUCGCAAGGACCGCGAUCCGAACAAGGAGAGUGUGUGGAACGAUGAUAUGGUGCUAGAUCCGAGAAUUGCAGGCCGAAUGCGACGAUUCUAUCUCGAUGAAGCUGAUGUCGAACGCGGUCUUGCGCUUGUUAACGCGCAUAAGAGGGAAGCUGAGGAAGAUGUAUCAUGGUAAUCUGUUGUCGUAUAUAGCCCCUGAGCCCUCUGCGUGCAUUGGAGGUCUUUCCACUCAAGAUCAGACAUUCUGUACUAUUAGGAAGCUCUGGUUAGAGCAUAGGAUGGCGUUUUGCUGAAAAUGCUAUUUUAUCUUUGGCCUAUGUCCGCUUUUUGCUGCCAUGUCUUGACAAAUUGAUUGGAGAAUUUUUUUUAAAAAAAAAUUCGAGUCUGCAAUAAAAUAG